UGUACGACAUGCGCCAUUAUAAUGUCCUUAAUCAUAAAAAAUACAUAUGCACAAUUAUAUCAAGGAAGGUCGCUUAGGCCUUGACUCGGUAACAAUUAUUCCAGUUGCUCUGCCUUGCAGGCCCACAUAUAGCAGGCACGUUUCAAGAUAACUUGGUAGCGACUGGGAUAGCUUCGCUUUCAGCUGCAGAGCGUUGCCACUUUUUUGCCCCGACUAAGUUAGAGCAUGACGCAAAUAAUUUCGAGUCAUUAUAUGUGUACGGCCAUAGAUUUCAUCCGACAAUGCCUGCUUCGAAGGCAUAAAACAGACAUGCUUACUUUCGACUCAACGGGCCAUAAAGUAUAAAGGAUUGCCGUUGCGCUGAUCUGUCUUUGUUCUGUAUAACACCAAAGCAAUCAAGUCUUGAUCACUACUUCUCUUUUCAAAAUGCGUUACUCUGUCGCCUUUGCCCUCACCUUUGCCGGUGCUACCCAGGCAUACCUUAUCAACGGUGACAAUGUCAACUGCCGCUCCGGACCCAACACCGGCUCCAGCAUCGUGAGAACCUACAACAAGGGCCAUGAUGUGACGCUCACGUGCCAGACUCACGGCGAGUCCAUCAAUAAUGAUAGCCUCUGGGACAAGACCACAGACGGUUGCUAUGUUGCUGAUUGGUACGUCGAGACUCACACUGGCAACAUGGUUGUGGGUGAAUGCAAUGCCAAGGCGUACCCUAUCAAUGGCGACAAUGUCAACUGCCGCUCGGGGGCCAACACCCAGUCCAGUGUUGUGCGCCAGUAUAACAAGGGCGACAUGGUGACCCUGACUUGCCAGACCGAGGGCGAGAGCAUCAAUAACGACAAGCUCUGGGAUAAGACAACCGACAACUGCUAUGUGGCUGAUUGGUAUGUGCAGACGAACACUGGAAGCAUGGUUGUUGGAGCAUGCAACGGUGGAGGCAACCCCCCUCCCCCUACCGGCGGUAACCUGCCUACUCUUAACAGUGUUCAGAGCCGCAAUGCCAACGGCAUCAUUGCCGAAGUUAAGAGAAGAAACCUUGGACGCCAGGGAUGUUUGGCCGCCAUUACUACUGGUCUCACAGAGUCUAGUAUCAGAAUCCUUGCCAACAACGCCGUGCCCUCAUCGUUGAACUACGCUCACGACGGCCUCGGCUCCGAUCACGACAGUGUCGGCAUCUUCCAGCAACGCGCCAAGUACUACACCAACAUUCAAUGCGACAUGACAGCCGAUUGCUCCGCAGGAUUAUUCCUGGCCAAGAUGGCCGGUAUUAGCGGCUGGCAGACAAUGGAUGUUGCGACACUGUGCCAGAAGGUUCAGGUUUCCGCUGUUCCCGACGCGUACAAGAAAUACACGAGCCAGGCUGGAACGAUCUGCAGUGCCGCUGGCUUCUAAUGGGGCCAACGACAAUACCCCUUGGAAUGUAACUCCAUUCAUAGACUGUUUUAGAUAAAGUUUUCUAUUGGCAGAUAGAGUAACUAUAUCCGUUCGAAAACGCUUGAGCUGCACCGAUACAAGGUACCAUUGUACAACGAACUGCACAUGUAUCCAGUACCAUACACAUGUGGCUGAACCACCGGGCUCUGCAAUCCAAUAAAGAAUAAUAAUAACAUGAAAUCAUGCAAUCACAAAAGUUCCUUACCGUUUUGUCAGGUGCACUUGGGAGUAUAGCCAAUUAGC